AAUAAAAAUGUGUUGUUUUGUCGGGGUUUCCCAAGAUUAAAAAUUUAAAAAUAAGAAGAAGCAGAGAAGAUUUAUUAUUAUUAUUAUUAUUAUUAUUAUUAUUAUUAUUAUUAUUAUUAUCGCCAUCAUCAUGAACACCGUGUAUUGUAGUAGUAGUGGAAAAACACCACUCGCUUACUAUUAGUUGCAAGCUAGCCGUGCUGCAAGUCGGUUGUUUUAUGUUGAGUAUAUCACGGUAGUUUAUAUUUCUGCAAAAACAAAAAAAAGAAAGAAGGGAAACAAGAAAGCAAGCCAUAUGCUCAGACUGCUAUUGGAAUAUUUUACGGUUUAUUAUUUCCCUUUUAGUUUUAUUAGGUCAGCAAAUGCAAACGAGUCUUGAAAAACAAAGCAACUCUUGCUUGAGAACGCAAGGUGACUAUGCCGUCAAAGUUCACCAAAUGCAAACGCAGACCACUGCAAACAAAAUGCUCGGGUCAAAGUUUAUUUCUUCCGGCACACAGACAAGAAGUUUUUUUUUUUUAGUUUGAUUUUUUUUAUUUUGGAAAGAGCGGGAUCCACAAUGCUCAGUAGAGUUUCCACGUUUCUGCAGAGAUGUUCCCUCCCAGCGUUCCACAGAUGCUGGCUGCACGAUAGCCUGUUCCAAGUCCAUCCCUCUGUGUCAGAGGCACUGGCAGAAAACAAGCCAGUGGUGGCGCUAGAGAGCACCAUCAUUACCCACGGGAUGCCCUAUCCACAGAACCUUAGUACAGCUCAGGAAGUGGAGGCCAUAGUGAGAGCCCACGGGGCGACGCCCGCCACGGUCGGGGUCCUGCGGGGCCGGGUACACGUGGGCCUGUCCCAGGAGCAGCUCCACUUCCUGUCCUGCAGCCGGGCCUCCCUCAAAGUGUCCCGGCGAGACGUGCCCUAUGCCGUCAGCAAGGGCCUCUCCGGAGGCACCACUGUCUCCGGCACCAUGAUGGCAGCUCACAGGGCCUCCAUACCCGUCUUUGUGACCGGGGGCAUCGGUGGAGUGCACCGGGACGGGGAAAACUCGAUGGACGUGAGCGCGGACCUGACGGAGCUCGGCCGCACGCCCGUUGCCGUGGUUUCGGCGGGCGUGAAGUCCAUCCUGGACAUCGGCCGCACCCUGGAGUUCCUGGAGACCCAGGGCGUGUGUGUGGCCACCUUUGGGAAGUCCAGGGACUUUCCCGCCUUUUUUUCUCCUCAGAGUGGGUUCACUUCCCCUUACAACGUGACUGAUGCAGAAGAGGCAGCGGAGCUGAUUGAGGCCAUGUUGGCACUGGGGCUGCAGAGUGGGGUGCUGCUGGCAGUGCCCAUCCCAGAGGAGCACGCAGCGGCUGGCCAGCUCACCCAGGAAGCCAUCCGCGCCGCAGUGGCAGAGGCCAGUGAAAAGGGUAUCAGAGGGAGAGAUGUGACUCCGUUCAUCCUGCAGAGGGUCAGUGAGCUGACGCAAGGCCAGUCCCUCCAGGCCAACAUGGCCCUCAUCCGCAACAACGCGAGGGUGGGCAGUCAGAUCGCAUGCGCCCUCUCCGAACUGCGGCGACGCAAGAGGAGCGAGUCCCCGCCCCCCCGAAAGGAGAAGACUCCGCCCACGCCUGCCAAGGCUGUUGUCAUUGGUGGCAUCAAUGUGGACUUCGUUGCCAAAGGAAAAACAGAAAAGCUAUUGUUUGGCCAGACCAAUCCUGGAAGUGUCUGUCAAGCAUACGGAGGGGUAGGAAGAAAUAUUGCUGACUGCCUUACUCGACUGGGGGAGAGACCCCUGCUCAUUUCGGCUGUGGGGGCCGACUCGCAGGGCGACACCGUCCUGAGUCACUGCGGCCACAUGAACACAUGUGGCGUUGCUAGGAUGCGAGAGCAAAGAACUGCAACUUACUGUGUUGUGAUCACCGGGAGCGGGGAGCUCAGCCUGGGAUUGGGCGACAUGGAUAUUCACCAGCGAAUCACGGCGCAGUAUGUGGCCCAGUUUGAAGAGCAGCUGUCCAGCGCGCCUCUCGUCUGUGUGGACGGGAACGUCCCGGUCGCCACCAUCGACUACGUUUGUUCCCUUUCCAGGAAGCACGCGUUGCCAGUGUGGUACGAGCCCACAGACACGGACAAGGCCUCCAAACCCUUCAUGUCCCACAGCUGGAAGAACCUCAGCUACACCUCACCCAACCUAGCGGAGCUGUGCGCCAUGACCCGGGCGCUGGGCCUGUCCACACCUGCAGUGUUGCCGAGCGACCCGGACGAGGUGCUGGACUGUGCUGCAACUCUCUCUCGCCCCCUCCUGGAGCACCUGCAGUGCGUGGUGGUGACUCUGGGCCCCCUGGGAGUGCUGGUGUGCGGGGAGCACGAGGACGGGGCGGUGCGUCUGGCACCCCGGAGAAAUGGGAAGACCGGUAGGCUGUGUGCCGUCCACUACCCAGCCAUACCCCUGAACCCAGGGGACAUUGUCAACGUUUCGGGAGCUGGAGAUAGCCUGGCGGGUGGCCUGAUGGCGGGGGUCCUGCGGGGGUUACGCACGGACGACAGCGUGCGCCUCGGGCUCCUGGCGGCGCGGCGCUCUCUGGCGUCCCGCCAUCCCGUCGCCCCGUCACUCAGCAGCGACACCGUCAACCUGGCGAGGGUCCGCUCCCAGGCCUGGCCCCGGCCCAGCUGCCGCUGGAUGGAGGAGCUCGGCCAAUGAGAAGGGGCGAGAAUGGCCGGGCUCUGCCCCGUGGACCAAUGAGGAGGCUGGGAUCGGUGCGGUUCCUUUGGGCUGCAGCCAAGAUGGGUUUCAGAUGUUUUCACUAUCUACCUUAAUCCCGUUGUACUAUACAUUAACUCAUUUUUCAUAUUUUCACAUUUAUACAGUGUGUAGAAAUCAUAUGGAGAUAUGCUGGAUGGAUACACCCAAGCUUGGCAAAGCCUCUGUUUACUGCAUCAAAAACAUUAAAGUUUGCUUCCUAUUUUUAAGUUUCA